AUGUGUGAGAACGAGCUCAAAGCUAAAGCUGACGCCACAGUUUCAGCCCAAAUCGAAGUGAUACCAUGCAAAAUUUGUGGCGAUAAGUCCUCUGGGAUCCACUACGGAGUAAUCACAUGCGAAGGCUGCAAGGGAUUCUUCAGGAGGAGCCAGCAGAACAAUGCCUCUUACUCGUGCCCACGGCAGAGAAACUGUUUGAUUGACAGAACCAACAGAAACCGUUGCCAACACUGCCGACUGCAGAAGUGUCUUGCCCUAGGAAUGUCCAGAGAUGCUGUGAAGUUCGGGAGGAUGUCCAAGAAGCAGAGGGACAGCCUGUAUGCAGAGGUGCAGAAGCACCAGCAGAGGCUGCAGGAGCAGCGGCAACAACAGAGUGGGGAGGCAGAAGCCCUGGCCAGGGUAUAUAGCAGCAGCAUCAGCAACGGCCUGAGCAACCUGAGCAACGAGACUGGAGGCUCGUAUGCCAACGGGCACGUCAUUGACCUGCCCAAGUCUGAGGGCUAUUACAGUGUGGAUUCAGGCCAGCCGUCCCCUGAUCAGUCAGGACUUGACAUGACUGGAAUCAAACAGAUAAAGCAGGAACCUAUCUACGACCUCACAUCUGUCCCCAACUUGUUUACUUAUAGCUCUUUCAACCACGGGCAGUUAGCGCCAGGGAUAACCAUGUCUGAAAUCGAUCGAAUUGCUCAGAACAUCAUUAAGUCCCAUUUGGAGACUUGCCAAUACACCAUGGAGGAGCUGCACCAGCUGGCCUGGCAAACCCACACCUACGAAGAAAUCAAAGCGUAUCAAAGCAAGUCUAGGGAAGCGCUGUGGCAGCAAUGUGCCAUUCAGAUCACCCACGCCAUCCAAUACGUGGUGGAGUUUGCAAAGCGGAUAACAGGCUUCAUGGAGCUCUGUCAAAAUGAUCAAAUUCUACUUCUGAAGUCAGGUUGCUUGGAAGUGGUUUUAGUGAGAAUGUGCCGUGCCUUCAACCCGCUAAACAACACUGUCCUGUUUGAAGGAAAAUAUGGAGGGGUGCAAAUGUUCAAAGCCUUAGGUUCUGAUGACCUAGUGGAUGAAGCAUUUGACUUUGCAAAGAAUCUGUGCUCCUUGCAGCUGACUGAAGAAGAGAUUGCCUUGUUCUCAUCUGCUGUUCUGAUAUCUCCAGACCGAGCCUGGCUGAUAGAACCAAGGAAGGUCCAGAAGCUUCAGGAAAAAAUUUAUUUUGCACUUCAACAUGUGAUUCAGAAGAAUCACCUGGAUGAUGAGACGUUGGCAAAGUUAAUAGCCAAGAUACCAACCAUCACAGCAGUUUGCAACUUGCACGGGGAGAAACUGCAGGUAUUUAAGCAAUCCCAUCCCGACAUAGUGAACACACUGUUUCCUCCAUUGUACAAAGAGCUCUUUAAUCCUGACUGCGCCACUGUCUGCAAAUGAGGAGGACCGGAGAACUGUCUCGCAGCCAUGGGAGGCAUCGCCACGAAGACAAGAGCAAUGUGUUCAUGGAGACUUAAGAGAUCUGUCGCUACUGCAACAUUAGGAAUGUCCUGCACUUAAUAGAAUUAUUUUUCACCGCUACAGUUUGAAGAAUGUAAAUAGGCACCCGAGUGGGGCUCUUCCUUGUUUGUUUGUUUUUGAAAUGACCAUAAAUAUACAAAUAUAGGACACUGGGGGUUAUUUUUUUUUUUAAUUUUAUUCAGGUAUGUUUUGGGAGACACCUGUUUAUAGAAUUUUAUUGUAGAUAUAUACGAGAACAGAGCGGUACUUUACAUGAUUACUUUUCCUGUUGAUUGUUCAGAAUAUAAUUUAAGAAAAUUCUACUGAAUAGGCUUACCUAUUUCUAUGUUUUUAGAUAGUUGAUGCAUGUGUAAAUUUGUAGCUGUCUUGGAAAGUACUGUGCACCUAUGUAACAUAUAUAUAAUAUAUGAGAAUAUUAUAUAUGACUGUUACAUGUACCUGCACAUGCACCCUGGCUUAAAAGACCAUCCCUACUAGCAAAGGAGGUUUACUCAGUCUAUCUUCUGUUAUUUACCUCCUGGGUUAUAUGUGACCUGUAUGUUAGACAAUCAGGAUGUUGUCUUCCUGGCCAGACUGUCAUCUACAGUCAGUGGCAGGAUGGUACUGAUUCAGAAAUAAUUCUAGCAAGCAGUAAAUAGAAGACAUGGCCGCUGUAUAAGAACUCGGUUUCUAUCAGUGACACCAAAGCCUUGUCCAACGGGUUCUUAUGAGGAGGAAACAAUAAUAACUAUUUGGGGUCAUUUUCCCGUUUUCAGACUUAGACUGCAGAUCACACUGAGGGGCAGCCGGGGGCGGGGCCGGUUUCCAUGACGUAUUUGAACAAACCAUAGACAUUUCCGGUAUCUCUUAAGGACACAUAAAAUCUCCCUUUGGGGAUUUCCUGUUGUGAAGGAAGCUUGGUUUGGGGGGCGUUCUUUAGUGCUUAGUGUGUCUUCAGCUGAGAAAUACAGUCUGUAGAUUAUGAUCAUCAGCAAUGUUUUUUAAUAAAAUGAGAGGAAAAGAGGAAAUCAGAACCCAGGAACCCACAUAUUUUCUCUAUCACCACGUUUUGUCCAGAAGAGUUAGGAAAAGAACAUGCAGGGGACAGAGCAAUUCUUUAUAUUUAUUGUUUUCAAUAAGUUUGUUAGGAAAAAAAAGUAGCACUAAAUGGGGAGGAGGAACAUUACAUAUACUUCUA